AUGGCCUCGAUACUGCCGUCCGUUACUCUACACCUUAAUCCCUGGAGAAAUUAUGACGACUUCCAGCACCACACGCUGGCCCAACGCCAUGAGUACAUGAUCGGGCGACUGGAGAGCGCGCGGCGACGGGAAUGGGUUUGGGUCGUAAUCGUCGCCGGUAUUGGCUUCUUCACCGACGCCUACGCAAUCUUCUCGGUCAACAUGGUUGUCCCUAUGCUCGAAAUCGUGUACUGGCAGGGAGAGGACGAGCAUAUGCAGAACAACUACAAAGUCGCCUUGAGUAUUUCCACGUUGGGCGGCGCCCUGGUCGGUCAGAUCAUGUUUGGCGUCGCUGCUGACAUUUGGGGCCGGCGCAAAAUGUAUGGUCUCGAGUUAAUUGUUCUGAUCUUCACCACCAUCGGCCUGGCCCUUUCGUCGGAGGGAGCCUUUGGUUCCAUCUCGGUCAUCGGGCUCCUCAUCUUCUGGCGCUUCUUCAUGGGCCUGGGGCUCGGGGGCGACUAUCCACUCAGCGCAGUGAUAUGCUCAGAAUUCGCUCCUACUCGCAUUCGAGGCCAGAUGCUUGCCGCCGUCUUCUUCUGCCAGUCGCUUGGUGCGCUGGCGGCGAACAUCGUGGCCCUCAUCGCAGUGGCCGGUUUUCGCCACCAACUGAGGCAAGAUAUCACGGGGACCAUGUGCAGCGAGGCGUGCAUCCGAGAUGUUGACCGCAUAUGGCGGCUGAUUGUCGGUCUUGGGGCGGUUCCAGCUUUCAUUGCCCUGUGGUUUCGACUAACCAUUGUUGAGUCCCCGCGAUAUACCGCAGAAGUCACCCAAAAUAGCCUACAGGCCGCCGCCGAUGCCUCAUACUUCUUCCGCUCCGAGGAAGGCGUUACUGAGCCACCGAUGCGCCAAGUCACCGAAGAUGGCAUCUCUCCCACCACCACAAGGCCGGAUUCCUAUCCCCCAAGUAUCAACAGCACUCAGUCUUCAGCGGCACAAGGCAUCAACCCCCCUGUUGACCUGCCGACAUUUUGGACGGCGUUCAAAGCGUUUGCUGUCAAACCCAGAGUCUUCAGACUGCUCUUUGCGACCUGCUCUUGCUGGUUCCUUCUGGACAUACCUUUCUACGGUCUUGGGCUGCUUAGCCCCGACAUCAUCAGAACAAUCUGGUCUGGCAGCGGUACUGAAGAUCCGCCACUGUAUGAUUCGUAUUUUCAGAAUUCGUACCGCAGCAUGGUUGUUGUGUCGUCGGGGGCGGUCGUUGGAAACAUUCUCGCCAUCUUUGCCAUUGACCGGUUGGGCCGGCGCAAGAUGCAACUGAACGGAUUCUUCUGGCUGUUCAUCCUGAAUCUCCUCAUUGGAGCGACCUUUCGGCCGCUGGCGCGAGGUCACGAUUCGUCUGCUCUGAUUGUCUUUUAUGUUCUGUCGCAGGUCUUCUUCAACUUCGGACCAAAUACAACAACUUAUAUUAUCCCAGCUGAGAUCUUCCCCACGCGCUUCCGCUGCACAUCGCACGGUCUAGCCGCAGCUUGUGGAAAGCUCGGUUCCGUGAUUGCUCAGUGCUUCCUGGCCUACAUCAACUUUGGACAUGGAUCCAACCAGAGCGGCUCCGAUCCGACAAAUUGGCUGGGCUAUGCCCUUCUCUGCCUAUCCGCCUUCAUGUUUCUCGGCCUUCUGGUCACGUACUUCUUCAUUCCGGAUGUUAAGGACUCCAAGGGGGAUGUGAAGUCUCUGGAGGCCCUGGCGGCCAAUUUAUUUGAACCGACAGAAACGCCCAACGGACCUGGCACUACCAUUAUUACUAUCAAUGAUGGCCGUGCAGUUCCUGUAUAA